UGUCCUUGUCUCUGUCUUGCACAGGUGAGCGCUGUGGGCGAUGGGAUGGAUGAGGUGGAGCAGGACCAGCAUGAGGCCCGUCUCAAGGAGCUGUUUGACAGUUUUGACACGACGGGCACUGGGUCCCUGGGGCAGGAGGAACUCACUGACCUGUGCCACAUGUUGAGCUUGGAGGAAGUGACCCCAGUGCUGCAACAGACUCUACUUCAGGACAACCUCUUGGGCAGGGUACAUUUUGACCAAUUUAAAGAAGCUUUGAUACUUAUCUUGUCUAGAACUUUGUCAAAUGAAGACCACUUUCAAGAACCAGACUGCUCACUAGAAGCUCAGCCCAAAUAUGUGAGAGGUGGGAAGCGUUAUGGACGCAGGUCCUUGCCUGAAUUCCAAGAAUCUGUGGAGGAGUUUGCAGAGGUGACAGUGAUUGAGCCACUAGACGAAGAAGCACGGCCUUCACACAUCUCAGCCAGUGACUGCAAUGAGCACUGGAAGACACAACGCAGUGAGGAGUAUGAAGCGGAAGGCCAGUUGAGGUUUUGGAACCCAGAUGAUCUGAAUGCUUCGCAGAGUGGAACUGCCCCUCCCCAAGACUGGAUAGAAGAGAAACUGCAGGAGGUUUGUGAAGAUUUGGGGAUCGCCCGUGAUGGUCACCUGAACCGAAAGGAGCUAGUCUCCAUCUGCGAACAGUAUGGUUUGCAGAGUGUCGACGGAGAGAUGCUUGAGGAAGUAUUCCAUAAUCUUGAUCCUGAUGGUACAAUGAGCGUAGAAGACUUCUUCUAUAGUUUGUUUAAAAAUGGAAAGUCCCUCACACCAUCAGCGUCUACUCCAUAUAGACAACUGAAAAGGCAUCUCUCCAUGCAGUCUUUUGAUGAGAGCGGACGACGUACCACAACCCCCUCAGCGAUGACCGGUUCCAUUGGAUUUCGGGUCUUCUCCUGCCUGGAUGAUGGGAUGGGCCAUGCCUCUGUGGAGAGAAUACUCGACACCUGGCAGGAAGAGGGCAUUGAGAAUAGCCAGGAGAUCCUGAAGGCCUUGGAUUUCAGCCUUGAUGGAAAUGUCAACUUGGCAGAAUUGACUCUGGCUCUGGAAAAUGAACUUUUGGUCACCAAGAACAGCAUCCACCAUGCGGCUCUGGCCAGCUUUAAGGCUGAGAUCCGACAUUUGCUGGAACGAGUAGAUCAAGUGGUCAGAGAAAAAGAGAAGCUUCGAUCGGAUCUGGACAAGGCUGAGAAGCUCAAGUCACUAAUGGCCUCGGAGGUGGAUGAUCACCAUGCGGCCAUCGAGCAGCGGAAUGAGUACAACCUCAGAAAACUAGAUGAAGAAUACAAGGAGCGCAUUGCUGCCUUAAAGAAUGAACUCCGGAAAGAGAGAGAGCAGCUCCUACAGCAGGUGGGCAAGCAGCGUUUUGACCUUGAGCAAGAACUCGAGAAGGCAAAAACAGAAGAGAACUACAUCCGGGACCGCCUUGCUCUCUCUCUAAAGGAAAACAGUCGCCUGGAAAAUGAGCUUCUGGAAAAUGCAGAGAAGUUGGCAGAGUAUGAGAAUCUGACAAACAAACUUCAGCGAAAUUUGGAAAAUGUGUUAGCCGAAAAGUUUGGUGACCUCGAUCCCAGCAGUGCCGAAUUCUUCCUGCAAGAAGAGAGACUGGCACAGAUGAGAAACGAGUAUGAGCAGCAGUGCAGGGUAUUGCAAGACCAAGUGGAUGAACUCCAGUCUGAGCUGGAAGAGUACCGGGUCCAAGGCAAAGCGUUCAGGCUUCCUUUAAAGAACUCUCUGUCAGAAGAACUUGAAGUAAACAGUGGUGGCACCGAGCCUGAACAGGUGCUUGGUACUGAAGAAUGUAAUCCAUUGAAUAUGAGCAUCGAGGCCGAGCUGGUGAUUGAACAGAUGAAGGAACAACAUCACAGGGACUUAUGUCACCUCAGACUGGAGCUUGAAGAUAAAGUGCGCCUUUCUGAAAAGCAGCUCGAUGAAACUCUCGUCACCUGUGAAAAGGAGCAAGAGCACAUGAAGCAAAAAUAUGAGGCCGAAAUGCACACCUUGAAAAACCAAAUAAGUGACCUUGAACAUGAAAUCACGAACCUGCGGGGGCAGGCAGUGGUGCUGAAGGAGGCACAUGAGGAGGCCGCCUGCAGACACGAGGAGGAAAUUAAACAACUGCAGAUGAAGUUUGAUGAGGAAAAGACUUGCCUGCAGGAGAAGUUGAGGCUGGAGCAUGAGAGGGAGCUUGAGGCUCGACUGGAGCAGGCAGAGGAAAGCUUUAACCAGGAAAGGGAAGGACUCAUUCAGAGUAGCUCCUGGACAGAAGAGAAGGUGAGAGGCCUGACCCAGGAACUGGAGCAGUUUCACCAGGAGCAGCUGAAAAGCCUGGUGGAGAGGCAUGCUCUUGAGAAAGAGGAGUUGAGGAAAGAACUCUUGGAAAAGCACCAAAGGGAACUUCAAGAGGGAAGGGGAAAAAUGGAAACAGAGUAUGCUAGAAGACUCUCUCAGAUAGAAGCCCAGUUUCAGGCUGAUUGUCACAAAGUCACUGAGAGAUGUGAGAAUGCUCUGCAAAGCCUUGAAGGGCGCCACCGCCAAGAGCUGAAGGAGCUCCUGGAGCAGCAGCGGGAGGAGAAAUCCCAGUGGGAGUUUGAGAAGGACGAGCUCACCCAGGAGUGUGCAGAAGCCCAGGAGCAGCUGAAAGAGUCUCUUGAGAGAGAGAAAGCAACUUCUCUGGUCCUGACCCAGGAGAGAGAGAUGCUGGAGAAAACAUACAAAGAGCAUGUGAACAGCAUGGUCAUUGAGAGGCAGCAGCUGCUCCAAGACCUGGAGGACCUAAGAAACGUGUCGCAAAGCCAGCAAAGCCUGCUGUCUGGCCAGAUACUGGAGCUGCAGAGCAAUUGUGAUCGAGAACUGAGGGACCACAAGCAGGUCCUCUUCCGGGCAGGGACCUCAGAGCAGCUAGAGAGGAUACAGAUGGAAUGUGACCAGGAAAGGCAGGAGAUGAGGGCCAAGCUGCUGGCCAUGGAGAGCCUCCACAAAAUGACCUGCGAGAAAGCAGAUCGAGAGAGGGCAGAGAUGAGCACAGAAAUCUCCAGGCUUCAGCAUACAAUAAAGGAAAUGCGGCAGGCAGCAUCUUCCCUCUCCAAGCUUCAGAGCGGCUGCCAGGCAGUGGGAGGGGUGGAGGCGGAAGGCAGCGGAGCCAUGUCCCUGCUCCAGCAAGGCGAACAGCUGCUGGAAGAGAAUGGAGACGUCCUCGUGAGCCUGCAGAGAGCUCACGAGCGCGCAGUGAAGGAAAAUGUGAAAAUGGCAACUGAAAUUUCUAGACUGCAACAGAGGCUGCAAAAAUUAGAGCCCGGGUCGGUCAUGUCUUCUUGUUUAGAUGAGUCAACUACUGGGUUUUCUGGAAAUUCUAUGGAACAAACACAGUCAUUUUUACUAGAAAACCGAAUGAAGCAAGUAGAAGGUGUAACCACGCCACACACCCUGAGUGACUUGCAAGACGAUGAAGUCGGAGACCCGGGAAGUACAGGGACAAGCUCUGUCCAGAGACAGGAGGUCAAAAUAGAAGAGUCUGAAGCUUCCAUGGAGAGUUUUUCUGAGCUUGAAAACAGUGAAGAGACCAGGACUGCAUCCUGGGACCUGAAGAACCAGAUCCGUCAGCUUCAGGAACAACUAAGGAGCUUACGUGCAGACUGUGACCGAGCUUCGGAAAAGAAACAGGACUUACUUUUUGAUGUUUCUGUGCUAAAAAAGAAACUAAAGAUACUUGAGAGAAUCCCAGAGGCUUCUUCCAAGUAUAAGUUGUUAUACGAAGAUGCCAGUAGAGAAAACGACUGCCUUCAGGAAGAGCUGAGAGCUAUGGAGACACGCUACGAGGAGGCGCUGGAAAAUAACAAAGAACUUACUGCAGAAGUUUUCAGGUUGCAGGAUGAGCUGAAGAAAGUGGAGGAGGUGACUGAAACAUUCCUUAGCCUGGAAAAGAGUUAUGACGAGGUCAAAACAGAGAACGAGGAGCUGAACGUUCUGGUUUUGAGACUUCAAGGGAUGAUUGAGAAGCUGCAGGAGAGAGCAGUUCUGCAGUGUGACUGCGUCACCUUGUGGGAAGCGCGUUUAGGUAAUCUGGAAGUCGAACCAGAUGGAAAGAUACUUGAACUCAGUCAGACACUGGAGGAGUGUGUGCCCAAGAUUAGGAGUGUACACCACGUUGUAGAACAUAAACAAAGCCAGUACCUUGAGCAGAAGACUACACGACUCUUGGAGAAAGUAAAAGCGUGUGAAAUUGCCUGGGUACAUGGAACAAUUCAGACACACCAAGGAAAGCCAAGGGUACAGAGUGACAUUAUCCUAGAGGAAGACGCUGCUCUCCCUGGCCUUCAGGACAAGCACUUCCAGCGUCAGGCCGCAAUCGCAGAGUUAGAACUGGAGAAAACAAAGCUUCAGGAGCUGACGAGAGAGUUGAGGGAGAAAGUCACUACUUUAGUCAAGCAAAAAGAUGUCCCUUCUCAAGGAGAGAAGGAGGAAGAGCUGAAGGCAAUGAUGCAUGACUUGCAAGUCACGUGCAGUGAGAUGCAGCAAAAAGUGGAACUUCUGAGAUAUGAAUCUGAAAAGCUUCAAGAGGAAAAUUCUAUUUUAAGAAGUGAAAUUACAACUUUAAAUGAAGAAGAUAGUAUUUCAAACCUGAAAUUAGGGAAAUUAAAUGGAUCACAGGAAGAAAUGUGGCAAAAAAUAGAAACUGUAGAACAGGAAAAAGCUGCAGUUCAGAAGAUGGUUGAAAAUUUAAAGAAACAGAUUGCAGAAUUAAAAAUAAAAAACCAACAAUUGGACUUGGAAAAUACAGAACUUAGCCAAAAGAACUCUCAAAAUCAGGAAGAACUGCAAGAACUUAAUCAACAUCUGGCAGAAAUGCUAUACCAGAAGGAAAAAGAGCCUGGAAAUGGUACAUUCGAGGAAUGGAAACAAGAAAAGUCUCAUCUCAAAGAAGAACUGGAACAUUAUAAAGAGCGGUCUUCCACUUUAGUGUCUUCUCUGGAGGCAGAACUUUCUGAAGUUAAAAUACAGACUCAUAUUGUGGAACAGGAAAAUCUCCUUCUCAAAGAUGAACUGGAGAAAAUGAAACAACGGCACAGAUGUCCUGAUCUCUCUGAGUUCCAGCGAAAAAUUUCUAGUGUUCUAAGCUACAACGAAAAACUGCUGAAAGAAAAAGAAGCUCUGAGUGAAGAAUUAAAUAGCUGUGUUGACAAGUUGGCAAAAUCAAGUCUUUUAGAGCACAGAAUUGCUACAAUGAAGCAGGAGCAGAAGUCUUGGGAACACCAGAGUGAGAGCUUAAAGUCACAACUGGCGGCUUCCCAGGAAAAGGUUCAGAAUUUAGAAGAUACCCUGCAGAAUGUAAACCUGCAAAUGUCCCUGAUUACAUCUGACCUGCGAGUGACUUUUUUUGAGGCUUUAAAACAAGAAGUGAUGUCUUUACAUAAGCAGCUUCAGAAUACUGGUGAAAAGAACUGGUCCCCAGAAGUAACCACCCAUCCAUCAGGGUUCCAAAACCAGCAGAAAAGACUGUCCUGGGAUAAGCUGGAUCACCAGAUGAAUGAGGAACAGCAGCUGCUUUGGCAGGAGAAUGAGAGACUGCAAACUGUCGUACAAAACACCAAAGCAGAACUUGCGCACUCCCUGGAGAAGGUUCGCCAGCUGGAAUCCAACCUUCUUCCUCCCAAGCACCAAAAACAUCUAAAUCCAUCAGGUACUGUGAAACCCACAGAGCAGGAAAAGUUGAGUUUAAAGAGAGAGUGUGAACAGUUUCAGAAGGAGCGCUCGCCUGCCAAUAGGAAGAUCAGUCAGGUGAAUUCUCUGGAACGAGAAUUAGAAACAAUUCAUUUGGAAAAUGAAGGCCUGAAAAAGAAACAAGUAAAACUGGAUGAGCAACUAAUGGAGAUGCAGCACCUGAGGUCCACUGUGAUGCUUAGCCCAUCCCCUCAUGCUUGGGAUCUGCAGCUGCUCCAGCAGCAAGCCUGUCCGAUGGUGCCGAGGGAGCAGUUUCUGCAGCUUCAACACCAGCUGCUGCAGGCAGAAAGGACCAACCAGCACCUGCAGGAGGAACUUGAAAACAGGACCUCCGAUACCAACAUGCCACAGGAAAACCAGGAACAACUGGUAUCUCUCAUGGAAGAACGAAUGAUAGAAGUGGAACAGAAACUGAAACUUGUGAAAAGGCUUCUUCAAGAGAAAGUGAAUCAGCUCAGAGAACAACUCUGCAAGAAUACUAAAGCAGACGCAAUGGUGAAAGAUUUGUAUGUUGAAAAUGCCCAGUUGUUGAAAGCUCUGGAAAUGACUGAACAACGACAAAAAACAGCAGAGAAGAAAAAUUACCUCCUAGAAGAGAAGAUCGCUAGCCUCAGUAACAUUGUCAGGAACCUGACACCAGCGCCGUUGACUUCUACACCUCCUCUGAGGUCAUAGCCAAACCAAAGGAUAUGUUCAUACUGCACUUUACUGACACAGCUGAGCAAUUUCAGUAGAUUUCUUCAACAGAGUUUUGUUUUUUUUUUUUUAAAAAAAACCUCUUUAGUUUCUUAAAAUUAAGCAUUAAAACUGCCAACAACAAAACCAGUCUCUAUCAGUUUUCCCAAAUAGACCUAUAUGGGAGUUUGAAACAAAUAUCUACAUAUUUUACCCGUCUAAAUUAUUUCCAAAGCUUUGGAGUUUUUGAAGUACUAAUAACCACAGAAAAGGUGGAUAGAUGAAAACAAUUUAAGAACUUAAAAUUCCAGUUUCAAAUGGAUUUUUUUUUAAAUCACUAUGCUAUGUAAAUCUGUGUAUACAGGUUAGCUAUUUUGAGAUCUGAUUAGAAGGGUUGUUAUGAACUUUAUUUUGUUUUAAUUUAAGUGUUCUUACACAUUUAAAUACUGAAAAGUCAUUAUGUAUGUAAUAGUUUGGGUUCUUUGAAUUAACUGGUAGACUGAAUUAAUUAGUAGAUUGUAAUUUUAUAAUUGUGUUUGCUAAGGAGGCAGGGCUUAACAACCACUGACAUCAGAAAUACCCAGGUUGGGGCCAGCCCCAUAGUGCAGCAGUUAAGCACUACACAGAGGAAGCUGAAUCCCACAUGCUCACCCAAGGUUUGAGUCCUGGCCCUGGUGACUUGGAAAACAUAUUGGGCGGGUGCGUGCAUGCAUCCCCAGGAUCCUAAUGUAGUGGAGAAUUGGAGGAGAAAGGAUUAUAAUGUGACCAGGCCCCAUCGGGGAUGCUUUCUCUCUCUCUCUCACCCCCUCCUCUUUCUUCUCUCCUGCCUCCAUCCUAUCCAUGUGCCCUUGGCAUUAUUUAAAAAAAAAAAAAAAAAAAACUCUACCUUCUAACACCUAUGACAGUAUUAACCACUCUUGAUGUAUAGAGAUUUCGAACUGAUGUACUCAGCUGCACUCUUAACUAAUGUUAAAGCUUUACACUCGAAAUAGCCUUUUUCUUCUCCCUCUUAGAAGUUUCACGUAGGAACUUACCUUCUAAGAAAUGGAUAAAGCCACACUUUUUAAAGCAUAUAAACUAUGGGAAGCACUGAACAAACCCACUUUGGAAUAAACAGCCACUCUUGGAAGAGAGAUAAGCAGACCAUACGGGUUUUCCUAUCUCUAACAUCUUGGAAUUCAUGAACUUACCUUUGGGGUUGCCUUGAGAACUCAGGGAACAAUAUUCGAAACUGUCUUCCUGAACUACUGUAGGCCUCUCUUUUUCUAAGAAUAUGAAAUGUAUAAACCAUAUGACCUUAUUUAUUUGUCUUAUAUAUUUACAGCCAUAGUAGAAUCUUUAUUUCUACAUAUUUUUUGUGUGUGUAUUUAAUCUUCUGUUAAAAAGCCUUGAUUUUAGAGUUAAAAACCUAACUUCUGGAAACAUUUUUUUUUAAUAGCUUGUUUAAUGUAAGUCAAAAUAUCCAUGCUUCUUACUCCUUCUAUACCUCAAAUCUGAUCAGAAGAACUGUGAUAAGCACUGGCAUGCCAGCUGAGGUGAAGGAGCACCAAGCAGGACUCUCCGUUCUCAAGAUCAAAACUUAAUAAAACAGUAAACAUUUCAGCUCAUCUUUUUAUUUUGCCUUCAAAUCAAAGCCCUGCUGUAGCCUACUUCAGCCAGCAGUUAAUGGAGGACCUCCUAGGUGCGGAUACUACCACCAAAGCUCAUCACAGCCACCUACUUGUUUUCUGGAAGAGGAUUUAGAUCAGCGAAAUCUAUUCCAGAGGAUCAAGCCCAUCUAUGUACAGGAAAUACAACAGCAGAAUCAAACACUGCUCUAUGGUUAGGAAUACUAAAUAAAGCAAACUGCCUCAGUCACAUAAAGGAAGAAACAAACUGAAUUCCAUUAAGGAACUUAAGUUCUUCAGGGUCACCUGCGGGGUCAGGAGUCCUCACUACAGGAGGACCUGAAAUGGCACUGUUGUUCCAGGGACUUGGAACUCACACUGAUGAAGCAGACCUUUUAAUUUUUCAUAGCUCUUAUCAAAAAGUCCUAAGUUCUCCCAGAAAAACACUUUAAAUCCUUCCCUAUAAUUAUACUUCAGAAUAUUUGACAUUGCCUUUGCUAAGUCUGUCUUUUCCCGUGCAAACAUUCCUAGUAAACUCACUUUACUUGUACAGCACUAUUUUUGAUAGAAAAAUUUCAUCUAAAACAGUGGCUAGUCCCAGACUAAGGUCAAAAAUAAAGCGUCUGUGGUAUACUGAUGUGAUAUGCUUCAAGUUCUUCAAGGUUAUUGACGCUGGACCUAAACACCAAGCCUAUUUCUCAAACAGCUGGCUUAGCACAUGAACACAUUUGUUUUAUUUGCUUAAUCUUUUACAUUAUAAAAAGUGUAGGUUAAUGUAUUUCCUAUAAAUUUGUAUUUGUGUAUAUGUAAAAUGCUGUAUAAUGAAUGUAAAUUCAACUUUCUAGAGUGUUUUGGAUGAUACCCAGAAUCCCUUUAUUCAAAAUCAAAAUGCUGCUCAAAUGAAAGUUAAUUUAACUAAUAUCUAGGUGCUUUAUUUCUUGCUUUAUCUUGCUUUAUUUCUUGCUUUUUCUUUAUUUCUUGCUUUAUCUGACUUGGGAGGAGGGGAAAAGGGGAAAAAAAUUAAUAAGAGAAAUAUCGCAUAGCUUAAUCUUCUGUAUUUGUGCAACAGUUUAUUUUUAAGAAACAGUGUAGAGUGGAAAUUUAACUGGCAAUUUAUAACCUACAGUUCUUAGAAGACCUUUUAAAGAGAUGUGAUGUAAACUAUUAACAUUACACAUUUAGAUCUUGCUUUUAGACUUUAUCAUAGCACUCUUUCAAAUCACAAGUUAGGAAUUUUCCUACAGUCAUUUAACUGCAUGUUUAUUAAAAGCAAUGCUUAGAAACUUUCUUUUAGGAACAGUUAUGAGGGACCAGCAGAUGGCAUAACCGUUACGUGGUUGGACUCUGAUGUAGCAACCCCAGUUCGAGUGCCAGACCCUGCGGCUUACAACUCACACUUGGUGCAUGUGCGUGCAUUCCCAGAAUCCCCCAAGAGGAGAAUGGGGGAGAAGGGAUUGAGACUUAGCCAUUUCUCAUUUUCUGUCUGUCUCUCUCUCUCUCUGUCCUGCGAACACAUGCGCCGUAUAGCAAAAACUCUCUUUAAAAAAUUAUUUAAAAUAGUCCUAGAAGGUGGGAUCUUCAUUUCAAGGAAAAGGAAUCAGGUUUGCCCUUGUAAUAUUUUACACUAAGAAAAGGAAGAUGUGAAUAUUUAAAACUUUAUCCUAUUUUGCUUCCCUCUGCUUUUUUAGAAGCCUGAGCUUUAAACUCCUAUUUGUUAAGGAAGAGGAGUAGAAGCAACUACAGUAUUUUAUCUUUCUAAAACUCCUAUUAAAUCCAGAUUUUAAAACUUUGAAAUGUGAAUCCUUCCCAGAAGCAUCAAUGCAUUCUUAUAGAUUUAACCUUCAGCAUAUUUUAUAUCCAGUCAGCCAUGAAGCCAUGGACUUUCAAGGGACAGGCAGAGAUCCUACAGGUCUAGAGUUUCAAUGACACAUCUAUACCCAGGGCAGGUUGUUGUUACAAGAAACUUUUUUCGUUGUUGUUUUUUAAACAUACCUAAGGCUUUAUGUGGACUUUGGUUAUUUGACAUGUGAAAAACUUAUUUCUUAUUUUGUGAUUUCUGUGAUUUUUUUUUUUUUUGCUGAGUGAAAGAAAGAGAAAUAUGUUGCCCUUGUCAGCACCUUAAAGGUAUUCCUGGUCAAGGCAGGACCAAAUGCUUCGUGAUAGUAUUAAGCCCAUGGUGUUUAAAUGGAUUGCCUGUGAUGCCUCAUUCAAAUAUAAUUGCAAUUGUUAUCAUAAACAAUGCCAAAAACCAAGUCAGAGCGAAAUAACCAAAGCGUUCAUAUUUAAAACGUAUUCUCUGUAUCAAGUUUGGACCUAAGUGGGUAUCUCAGCACUGUAAAAUAGCUUUGGUUUUAUGCCGUAUGGAUAGCUGUUUAAUAAUGGGGUUAGCUUUUUGCUUCUCAGCUUUUUUGAAUGAGACAGAUUAAACCUCUUCUUGGGGAGAGCUUAUCGCAGCAUGAUUUAAAGGUGUAUUGGCUUCUGGAAUAUUGGCUUGUCAGAGAGUUCAUGUGAGUUCAUCUGGAGUCCUCUCUAGAGUUCUGAUACAGAUCAAUUUGUAUGCUUAUACUGGUUUUGUAUAUUUCAUCAUAGCCAUUCUGUUCUAGAAAGAUUAUAAUGUGAGCCUAAAGUGUAAAUAAAUAAAUAAUUUUAUAGA